UCCUCCUCAUGGCCACCUUUAGCUACCCUGUGUUUCUCCUCUCUGCAUUUUUGGUUGUGUCAUCACUCUUCAUGGUUUCUACAGCACGAGGAGGAGCAGAAGUUGGAGACAGCGGUGGUCAGAAGGAGUCGGUGCCUGCUAUGUUUGUGUUCGGAGACUCCCUCACUGACAACGGAAACAACAAUGGCUUAGCUUCCUUUGCCAAGGCUAACUAUUACCCUUAUGGCAUUGACUUUGCCGGAGGCCCAACAGGAAGGUUCUCCAAUGGCUACACCAUUGUGGAUGAGAUAGCUGAGCUUCUUGGACUACCGCUCAUUCCACCUUACUCCCAAGCAUCUGGCGAGGCAGCUCUUCAUGGUGUCAACUAUGCUUCAGCUGCAGCAGGGAUUUUGGACAUCACUGGCCGGAAUUUUGUGGGGAGAAUACCAUUCAACCAACAGAUCAAGAAUUUUGAGUCAACCCUUGAUCAGAUCGCUGGCAAUUUGGGUGCAGAUGCCGUUGCCAAUGCCACUGCUCACUGCAUCUUCUUCGUGGGGAUGGGGAGCAAUGACUACUUGAACAACUAUCUCAUGCCUAACUACAACACGAGGAGUCAGUACACCGGAGAACAGUUUGCUGAUCUUUUGGUCCAAGAUUACACUCACCAGCUCACGAGUCUAUACAACCUUGGAGCCAGAAAGUUUGUGAUCACUGGAGUUGGAUCGAUGGGAUGUAUUCCGAGCAUACUUGCACAGAAUCUUUUGAGCCAUUGCUCACUGGAAGUUGACAAGCUUGUGAUGCCAUUCAACAACAAUGUCAAGGCCAUGAUCAACGCCCUCAAUGUGAAUCUUCCUCAUUCCAAGUUCAUAUACGUGGAUACCUACCACAUGUUCAUGGACAUCCUCAGCAACCCCGGAACAUAUGGAUUUAGUGUGAUCAAUCGCGGUUGCUGCGGAAUCGGGCGAAACAGCGGGCAGAUUACAUGCCUCCCCUUCCAGACUCCAUGUGCAAACAGGGAUCAGUAUGUGUUUUGGGAUGCUUUCCACCCUACAGCGGCUGUGAACAUCAUAUUGGCAAGGAAGGCCUACGAUGGCAACACAAAUGCUGUGUUUCCCAUGAACAUUCAGCAACUUGCCAACCUAAACUUGGAACCAAAUUAGCAGCACUUUGAAGGAUGUAUGCAGUCUUAGAGAGGGAUAGAGAGAAGAGUCAAAUGGAUGCAAUCACUUCAUGUGACUACUUUGGUACUCUCAAUGCAUAACUAAGCAAGAAGAAGGAAAUAGUAACUUCUAGUUGUAGCCCA